AAGAUGAGCCCAUUCUUAGCCCAUUCUUAGCCCAUUCUUGUUUCAUACUUGCGUCGUAUAUCUUUUCUCUUUUUUUCUUUCUCCUUUUCGCCACCACUACUCCACCAGCCAAGCUAUGCCUCCAAAGCGAGAUAGAGCAGUGGCUACGAAAGCGAAAAUAGCCACGUCCAAAAAGACACGGAGGGCUCCUGCACUCUUCAAACGAUCUCGGCCCAGUGGAGACUCUGACGACGACGACGACUCGGAGGAAGAGAUUGAGACGGCCAAGGAUUAUCAGGAUGCAGUGCGGCGUGUGAUUCUGACCUCAACCACCAACCGAUACGACGAUACCUUGGAACAGGAUCAGCUGGCGUUUGCUGCCAGUCUGAUGAUGCCGGCUACGGAGCUACAGCAGGAGGAUAUCAUGUCAAUGAGACAGGAUGAGGUAGUGGGACAAAGCGAGCGCCGAAUUGUGUACAGCCUGGGGACAUUUUGCCUCCAUGCGAUCGCAAAGGACUUCAAACACCUGGCCACGAAAGCUGAUGCUGCGCCUCCAGUCCGUUAUGAUCCGCAGCAGCAGCAAACCCCACAGCGCUUGGUGCGCCAGCAAGAGCAAUGGGAAAGGCGACGGAGGACAGGGGCUCAUUUUCGGAGGCAGGUACAACAAUUGCCUUUCUACUUGUCCAUAAAGUUGUUCAGGAUCCUGAAGCAUGCGAGGCCGGAACUGCUAUCGACCAAGCUCUGGACCAGUCUGUUUUUCCCGCCCGAUUUAGUAGAUAUCGUUGGUGGAAGCGAUGAAGAACCAGGCGUAGUACGAGGAAAUGAUCACAUCACAGAACUGGAUCUCGAGGGCUUGGUUUCUUCUCAAGUGACCGACACCGCCAUCCGUAGUCACAUACUAGGCACUCUUCAACUUGGACCACAACUUGAGAGGAUUAAUCUGAACUUUAUGGAUAACCUCACGGACAAGGUCUUGGCACAACUGGUCAGUGCCUGUCCUCGAUUGACGCGACUCUCGCUUAAGGGAUGUACCAAGGCAGGGGAUUUGACGUUGGCCAACUUGCCGCAGGGAUCACUUCAAGAACUGAACAUCAGCUUUGUGGCGGCGCCAACGGCCAAGGGAAUCAAGCGGUUGAUCCUUCAGUGUCGCGAGCUGAGAGUCCUCAAGAUGGCCGGGCUUACGAAUGUGAAGGAUGCAAUAUUCCUCGAUAUUGAGAGGGAAUUAGCUGUCGAGAUGAAAUUUGCCUCAGCAAUAGACGAUGGAGGGGACGGAAAUGAAUUGACCGGCCCGUCGCCGCUGUACGCACUUCAAACCCUUAAGGUAUCUUCGACAACGCUGGGAGAUCGCAGCUUAAAGAUUCUGCUAAACUUUUGUGGGAAGUCUCUAAGACGAUUGGACAUCUCGGCUACCAAUAUUACUCGCGUUGCACUCAUCGCCGAUUAUUGUGUUUGGGAGGAACCGUCGAACGAGUCCGACAAAAUCAAGGCGCGAAUGGCGGCUUCAAGGCACCCGUCUGGAUCUGUCUACACGAACUUGGAGAAGUUGAACUUGACACGGCUGAAGAUCGCGUCGGCCGAUAGCCUCCUGAAGCUUUUCAAGGCUCUGCCUCCACACAGUCUACACACACUGCUUCUGGGGUAUAUCAGCUGCGCGCAAGUGCCCUUUAGCGACAGCCUUCUCUAUCAGCUCUGCCCGUACCUUGAAUCCGAACGUGCUAGUAAUACGGAUCUUGAAACUAGCAUUUCUCGUGAGGAGGCACCUCCGCUGCCCGCCAUCUAUCCUGAUCCGUUUACACCUGCGCCUGAAGUGCGUCCCGAGUUCCAUCUGCAUACACUCUCGCUUUUUGGAAACGCGUUCAUCGGUCGAUCGAUACAACUGGACUACGGCCUGCACUUGCUGCUCAAACGGCUGUCCCCGUUUCUCAAGCGUCUGGAGCUUGGAUAUACCUACUGCAGAUCUGCUAUUCUCGAGGGCCUAAUCGAACCCCAAGAAGAGACCGAUCCCGGUGCUACCCUGUUGGCAAAAAGAGACUAUUUUUCUGAUAACGUUAUUCUAGAGGAAUUGGGACUAGACGAGACUCACAUUGACGACGAAGCAGCAUUAAUCGUUUCUCGGUUCCGAAGACUCAAUCGACUGUCACUACAAAAUACGCGUAUAGGCAAGGAGGCUGUGGAACAGAUUGUGAGGGCAUGUCCUCUCUUAGCUAGUCUGGAUCUGACGAGCUGUCGUAGUAUUCCUCUGCUGGAUCGACGAACACUACUGAAGGAUGUGAGGGAAGCGACAGCUACUAAACCAGGGGCAAAGUAGCGGGGGAUGGGAUUUGAGUGGACGAAUUCCAAACGGCUUCGGGUAACCCUUUUUUUAUGCAUAAUAGAAAAGGCAGACCAGCCUUCGAUUCUCAUCAUCAUCUUGUUGAAUUCUCUUCCUCGCACACUGAGCAAAAUACAAAAUAUACUAUCCUGAUGUAAGUGGCAGACCUUGUACCCAAGGUUGCUUCUCGAGAUAUCGCAACGAAGGAAUUGAAGAACAAAAAGAUGCCUGUGUCGAAC